CACGCAUGCACGGCAGUUCGAUGGCGUCUAGUCCCACCUCAAAUCGUAAGGUAUGCAAGGACGCUAGCUUGGACAUUGUCGUCAUCUGCCUCGGCCUGCAAUAGCUUUCCGGCCGCGUAAGACGCUUGAGCGCCUGUGCUGUAGAGAAACGUCUUUGGCUACUAUCAUCUCAGCUCUGGCUUUGCUGGGGGAACUCGCCACAAUUAGGGAGAAGCUCAACUCUAUCGACGAGCUGCAGAACAUCUCUCGGCUGAGGCGGAAACAUCUCGAUAUCCACACUGACGUCAACCCACACCAAAUCUGGAGCUCCGGGUACUCUGCCAGUCGAACCUCACGACAGUCAUGGCUGCCACCAAUGCAAACCAGGACCAGCAACAGUCCAACAUGGCACAGGAACUUGAGUCAUGGAAGACACCGGCCGCCAAGGACGUGGCCGUGGCGCCCAAGCCGGGUGAUGCGGCGCCUGAAAACCCCAACCUGAAGCUGCCAACAGACAAACCCACCAUAAUUGUCUUUCUCAGACACUGCGGCUGUCCCUUCGCCGAGAAGACGUUCAAGUCCAUGACUACUCUAUCGCAGCUGUACAAAGACCAGAUCCACUUCAUUGCAGUAUCACACUCUUCGCCCGAGGCGACAGAGCACUGGGUCGUGUCCGUCGGCGGGAACUGGGAUGUGCAAGUCGUCGUCGACUAUGAGCGUGACCUCUACGCGCAGUACGGCCUCGGCGUGUCCAACACCUGGCACGUCCUGAGCCCUGCCAGUCUCUACAAGGUCUUGCGGCUGGGCAAGGACGAGGGUAUCUGGAACAGACCGACGCAGAGUGGCAGCCGGUGGCAGAAGGGUGGCGCGUUCGCGGUCGCUCCGGAGCAGGAUGGCCGCUCCGGGUGGGAGGUGAAGUGGGCGCAGGUUGCCGCUUCGGCUGAUGAUAUGCCUGACCUCGACAAGGCUAUCGCGGCGCUGGGUUUUGAGGUCAAGACAAAGCCGAAAGUGGAGGAGGUCAAAUCCUACGGUUUUCCUUGAGCUGGUUUCCUCGGAGUGUUUUGUUCCCUGCACAUGUCUUUCUGUACAUAUAUUGCUCCUUUGGCGGGGAGCUCUCAUUGCCAGUGGUCAAACUAUCGUUAAAGAGCUGGCCUCGCUUGCGAUUUUUCUUGACAUCAACCAUUCUCAGUUGCCAUUCACUACUCUCUGAAGAACACAGCUAAUGUUUUGCCCCCCUCACCAAGCAUGGUCGGAAACACGACCGCCGACUUGACCUGACACAGCCCAGUCCACGGGAUCAUGCAAUGGCAAAUCUGCAGCGUGGGGGGCUGAAACAGGAUCCCAUCUGGGUGAAUGUGUUUGACCUGGGUUGCUUUGACGAAGUGAAGGGUCACCUUCGCAAUGAAGCUGCGACGACUCGGACGCAGCCAAGAAGGGCAUUAUUUACGGGGAGGGGAAGUUGAG